AUGGCAUCCUUCACCAUGCGUCCCCUCCUCCGCGCAUCGCGAACAGCAACAGCAACAACCUUCACCUCCGUCGCGCGCAUAGCCACAACCUCGCGCUACAAAGCCGCCUCCGCAACCGCAGCCGCCCCGUCCCCCGCAAAAAGCACAACAACCUCAAGCUACGCCAAAAAGACACCCUCCCCAGCCGCGAAAGCCUCGAAACCAUCCUCUUCCCCCUCAGCAGCAGCGGCACCUAAACCCACACCCGCGCCCGCGACGACAACGUUCCCGACAGCACCAGCAUACGUCCCUCCCACUCCUCAAUCCCAAACCGCCCCAGAGCCGCAGCAGCAAACGCCACAAACACAGCAACAGCAGCAGCCAAUAGACUGGUCAACAUCCUAUCACGGCCUAGGCACAGCUCGCUUCCCCAAAGAAGUAGUCGACAUCCUCCUCCAACCCGUCAACCCGUCCGACGUCGAGGUAAAACCCGACGGCAUAAUCUACCUCCCCGAGAUCAAGUACCGCCGCAUCCUCAACCAGGCCUUUGGUCCUGGCGGGUGGGGCCUCGUACCCAAGGGCGAUGUUGUCGUCGGAGAGAAGGUCGUCACUAGAGAAUACGCUCUCAUCGCGGAAGGACGCUUCAUCUCCCAAGCCCAGGGCGAGAACGGCUACUUCUCCAUCGAAAACCUCCCCUCCGCCGUCGAAGGCUGCAAGUCAAACGCCCUAAUGCGCUGCUGCAAAGACCUCGGCGUCGCCUCGGACCUCUGGGACCCCGUCUUCAUCCGCCAGUUCCGCAAAGAGUACGCCGACGAGGUCUGGGCCGAGCACGUCACCACCAAGCGCAAGAAGCUCGUCUGGACGCGUAAGGACGUGCCGUUGGCGUACCCUUACAAGAAGACCAACUAA